GCAUCUCUCUAUCACCACCACUUGAGCUUUACCACCACUACUCGAGCCCUACCACCACCACUCGAACCCUACCACCACCACUCGAGCCCUACCACCAUCACUCGAACUCUACCACCACCACUCGAACCCUACCACCACCACUUGAACUCUACCACCACCACUUGAACUCCAUCACUACCACUCGAGCUUUACCACCAUCACUCGAGCCCUAUUACUACCACUCAAGCCCUACCACCACCACUUGA